UCUGGAAAACCGUGUCUCGAUAUAGCCGUUCUAGGCCAUGAGGAUUCAGGCAAGUCGAGCGUGGUUGGGCAAUUACUUUUGAGCGCGGGUGAGGUUGAUGAUGAGACCUGGGACUUCAUUACGAAUGUAGGUAGUACCAGCUUCGAUCUUUUUCAAUCUGCGGAACUCAUUCCUAAUACUCCUCCCCCCCCCCUCCCCCCCCCCCCCCGAAAGAGUUGCCAGGGUUCAGGCAAAGACUAUGCUCAGCUUGCCUGGAUUUGCGACACCCUCGAGGACGAGCGCGAAAAUGACUGCAGCACCAACAUCACCAUUCGAACUUUCGAGACCUCCAAUUACCAGGUGGUACUUACUGAUCUUCCCGGUCACCGCAAAUACGUGAAGUCCGCUGUUGUGGGACUCUGCGCAGCCGAGUGUGCCCUUAUCGUGGUCCCAGUGGAUGAAGACGAGUUCACCGUGAACUUUGCGAAGGCCGGACAGCUGCGCGAACACUGCCUUCUGGCACAUACUCUGGGGGUGACGAGCGUGAUCGUCGCGAUCAACAAAAUGGAUACCUGCGGAUGGUCUCAGGAUUCGUUUGAUCAGAUAGAGCACGAAAUGGAGAGGUUCUUGAAAGGUAUUGGUUUCCGUGAUGAUGCGCUCACGAUUGUUCCUAUCUCGGCGAUGCAGAAAGAGAACAUCAACACUGCUGCCGAAACAGCAUCCUGGUAUCAUGGACCAACACUCAUCGAGGCCAUUGAUAGCGUCAAGCGGUCAAAGCCUGUGCGCCGGUUGGGCUCCAGCACCUCGCUUCGGGUUGCUAUUCAGGACGUUCGCCAAGUGCCGUCGGCCGGUAAAGUCGCUAUCGCCAGAGUGAUUUCGGGUACACUGAGCCUCGGGAUGUCGGUGACCGUCUUCCCUACCGAGGACACGUUUGAGAUUUACUCGCUUGAGUCAUUUGGCCAAGCCAUCGAUCAGGCUCUUCCCGGUAUGAUAGUGGCCUUUACCCCCAGUGAUGAUAGCUUAGCGUUACGACGGGGGCACAUCAUCAGCGCGGCUGAAGAACCUGCGGUGGGUUGCCAAUCCUUUGUGGCUCUGUUUUUCUCCUCUCACCCGGGAAAGAUUCACAAUGGCUACACGCCCACAGUUCACUGCGGAACGGCCCGAGUGCCCUGUCGUUUUGAGCUUUUACAGACCGUCAACCCGCGCAAUGGGAGAAUCGAGGAAGAAGAUCCGGAAGACGUGCCUAGGGAGGGCGCGGCAAUCGUCAAGAUGGUGCCUCAGAAGCCCAUGUACGUCGACAGCCGCCAAGAAUCACCUGUGUUUUCCAGGCUGGUCAUUCGGGACAACGGACGCACCGUUGGGACCGGUGGUGUGAAAUCGGUGGAACGAGCUGAGUGA